UGAAUACAAAUGUGAAUGUGUCGCAUUGUGCAAAUAACUAAGCGGAUCGGCCACCGUCUACACUGCAUCAUCUUCAUCCAGCUUCAACAGCUGGAGGGCCACAAGCUCCAAGGGGGCCCUCGUGAACGCGCCUCCUCUCUCUCUCCCUUUCCAGCGCACUUGCGCUGCUCCUCCGUGCGCGCUCCCGCGCGGGUACAGGCUUUAGGGGAGCGGAGAGAGCAGACGAACGGCAGCCGGGGAAGGAGGAAGAUGGAGUUGAGGGUCGGGGAGAGACUCCUGUGCGUGGCCGCGCUGUCCAGCCUCCUCUGCGUGGAUUCCGUGUUCGGGAAAUAUGUCAGAGGCGUGGUGAACACCAAAGAGGAUUGGGUAUUCCUCACACGCUUUUGUUUUCUUACUGACUUUGGAAGGCUGGAUUUUCGAUUUCGCUAUUCAAAGUCUCGCUGCUGUCAGAACAUAUUGCUCUACUUUGAUGACAGUUCUCAGUGGCCAGCUGUGUACAAGAGGCCCGAAAAGAACUGUUACCAGAAGGAAGCAGUGCUGAGGCCUGAAAACAACCAGGUCAUCAAUCUCACCACACAUUACACCUGGUCAGGAUGCGUGGUGGAAGGCGAUGGCAACGAGGAGGUGCUGAGCUGUGUGGGUGGUCGCAGUUUCCGCUCAGUCAGGGAGAGAUGGUGGUACAUCGCUCUCAGCAAGUGUGGGGGCGACGGCCUACAGCUGGAGUAUGAGAUGAAGCUGACCAAUGGGCAGUCUUUCUGGACGCAGCAUUUCUCUGCAGACGAGUUUGGAAUCUUGGAGACGGACAUCACAUUCCUGGUCAUCUUCUCUUUGGUGUUUCUCCUCUCCUGCUACUUCGCCUACAAUCUGAAGGGAAGACAGCUUCUUCACACAACCUACAAAAUGUUCAUGACAGCAGCAGGUGUGGAGGUGCUCAGCUUGCUGUUCCAUUGUGUCUACUGGGGCCUGUAUGCCAGAGACGGCGUUGGAAAUGGCAGCCUGAAAAUUCUGGGGAAAUUACUGUUCUCCGUCAGUUUCUUGGUGUUCCUUCUGAUGCUCAUAUUGUUGGGAAAAGGUUUCACUGUCACCAGGGCCAGGAUCAGUCACAGUGGCUCUGUUAAGCUGAGCAUCUACAUGACAGUCUACACAAUCACCUAUGUCAUCCUCUUCAUCUACGAGGCCGAGUUCUUUGACCCAGGUGAAGUGCUUUAUGCCUAUGACAGCCCUGCAGGCUACGGUCUGAUGGCCCUACAGCUGGUCGCGUACGUGUGGUUCUGCUAUGCUGUGCUGGUCUCCCUGAAACAUUACCCGGAGAAGCAGCCCUUCUACGUACCCUUUUUCACCACAUACACUCUAUGGUUUUUCGCCGUGCCCGUCAUGGCUCUGAUCGCCAACUUCGGGAUUCCUCGCUGGGCUCGGGAGAAGAUUGUGAACGGCAUCCAGCUCGGCAUCCAACUCUACGCUCACAUCGUCUUCCUUGUCAUUACAAGGCCCUCAGCUGCCAAUAAAAACUUCCCGUAUCACGUUCGAACAUCACAGAUCGGGAUACUUUUGUCCAGUCCUAAAGGAGGUGAAGGAGCGGAGAGUUUUCCCCAUCAUGCCUAUGGAAACAGCUCCUUUCUUGGAGAUUCUCAACCUAACUUCACCGAGCUGUUUUCCAUCCAGUCCGAUCCAGUGAAGACGGUAGAGGAGACAGUUGCUCGCAAAGGGCCAGACGUGCCCAGGAACAGUGAACAGAAGAUCAUCACCACCACCGCUGACCUGACCUCAAUAUUGCCCCCACCUCCACCUCCUAUACCUCCACGCCCAGCCUCCCGCUCACCCCCACUGCCCCCGCGGCUCCCCUCCUUCACAGAGUAUUUCAGCAUGCAGAGCGGCGGUGGCGGAGCUGGUUUUGGAACCAAGGCAUAAAAAAUGGAAAGGAAAAAAACAACGAUGAAACCGAGUGUUUAUGAUGGGAACAGGCAGAUGACAAAGCUAAAGCACAGUCACUUAGUGUAUUUAAUAAGGAGUUACUUUGAAAGAAUGAACUAAAAAAGAGAAAUUAGAAGACAGGAGACUCCCUUUUCACCUGUGAGUAGACGUGACGGCGACAGAAGUGAAGGGGAAAUGACAGAGACCCGAGUGCUGAGCUUGUUAAAAAAAAAAAAAAAAAAGAAGCAAUAAAUAUUUGAUGUUGACCAGUAGAAGACACACAGGGAGAGAAAUGACAAAGUGGAUGUAGCCAGAGCAAUAGAAUAGCUGUGCACAAUGUGGAGAUGAACAAAAUUCUUAAAAUGCUUUCUUUCAAAAAUUCAUGAGGCAUUGAUGGCUCGCCCAUAAAAGCUUGUAUAUAGUGAGAAUUGUGGAAAGCUAAUGUUCAGUAUAGAUCGAAUUCAAAAGACAAUAUUAUUUCUACUUAUGAUAUUACAAACAUACUCAUCUAAAAGAAGAUUUUUUUGUCUAAAAAACGUUUUUAUAAAGCAUAAAUAUAUUUCCUUUAUAGAAAGUCUACUUGGGUUCAUUUAUAUUCUUAAUCCAGGAAGUGUAAUAUUUCCUCGUCUCCUGUUAGGGCACCUCUAAAACAUGCAUGUUAGCAUUUUCUGCUGUAUUCUUCUACUCCCUCCAAUAUUUGCUUAUCGCGCACAUUAAGAUUCACACCUUUGUAAAUGCAUCGACGAGGCUGCGGUAUAUUUUUUAACCACAAAAGUUUUAAUUUUAUGCCAAACCUAAAGAUUAUGAGCUGUUCUCUAAACAAAAGGAGUCCUAAGUCAGUGUUAUUUCAAUGUUUUUGUGUGUGUGUUUUUUUUAAAUGGACAAAUGAAGUGAUGCGGCACUAAAAAGCCCUUUUCCUCAGCAGCUCACCCAUAAUGUAAAUUUUCUUUUCUUUCUGAAAGAUACAGGUGCCCCCGUCCUUACCUCUGUGUUGUACCUGUAACAUGAAUAUUUUAUUUGGUGGCUUCUUUUAGCAUUUCAGUGUUUAUACAGAGCAAAAAACGGAAUAAAUAUGAACCUUUUUGUAUCCCCCUUGUAUGAGCUUGAUGGUAAAAACAAAAAAAACAAAAGUAGAUGAACUGUGAAAACAGCCACACAACUGUACAUUUCGUCUGUCCUGCAUGGAGCACUUUAAUGUUCCUGAUAUUAGUCUUGUUGAUCCGUGGUAACGUCACCCUGUGAGGCUGCUUUGAAACUCCUGUUUUCACUCGACGGACUGCUGUCCCAGACGCGUACACUUGUAAAUAGUACAGAUUUCAUACACUUUUUUUGGGACAUUUUACGGAAAAAUUAAUUUAAAAGAAGAGUUGGAAGCACUAAUAAAUCGGGGGAUUUUUUUUCUCAACUUAGACACACUGCUGAGCUGAUGACCCACAGAUUUACCGGUGGAAGCCUUGCUGUCAUGGAUGUUCCCUGGUGUUAGGACUGUGGCGUGUAAAUUGUAAGAGUGUAGUCAGAGGUGUAACGUAGUUUGUGAAACUGAGCGAUACUUGAAUACUAACUGUUGUUUCUGAUCACAUGUGUGGUUUGCAUUCGGCGUGUCUUGCCUGCUGUUGCCAUGUCUUGACUGAACAGACGAGGAAUGACUCGACGGGCUGAAGGACGCGUUUUGCAGCUUCAGCCUGGUGUGUUUGACCUUUGGUUGCCAGAACGACACAAAGACUAGCAGAAGAAAACUUGAAGAGGUUUUGUGUGAAUGACAGAAGAGCACAGAUUUUAAGGUUUCACCGAGUGACCUGGUUAAGAGCACAUCACUAAAGCACUGUUCAAAUGCAUUUUAAUGGUGUCAAAUAAUUCUAAAUAUGCUGUACAUAUACACUUUUUGCCAUAAUAAUAAAAGAUAUGCUUUUAUUUAA